GAGAAGGCACUAAUGGGUUGGGUGACGGUGCGCAAUUGUGUGCGCCUCUACACCACAGCAGAUGAAAUUGGUGCUGAGACACUGAGGGACCAUUGUUCAACUCUAAUAUCUACACACUGGAAUGAUUUCACUGCAGAUGACUUCUCUCACAUGUCUGCCCCUUUGUUGUAUGCCAUGUUUAAGUCUAAGACCAACCACCCCUUACAUGCUGCUAUCAGGCUUCAGCGAGAAGAUGUGCUUUUCCUCUACUUGAUUGAGUAUGAUGCACAGGUUAGUGAGAUAAGCUGCUGCGGUGUGGCGCACAUGGUGUCCGUAAGUACCUCCUACUUUUAAUUUAUUUUAUUUAUGGGUUAUUAAUAUGGCAGCAAGACAACAUCACGACUUUUGUUCUGGAGAACCUUAGUGCACAACUACAAGAUAACUUUGAAAACAACAUUAAACUUGUUAAACGAAUAUAUGGUAGAGUUGUUCUUGCUGUACGUAUUUUUCCAACGAUUUUACUAGAUAACAAAUGUUGAUAAAGUGGUUUUGGAGUUUUACUCUGGUGUGAUGACGUAUUCUGUAAGUCUUGUAAAACUCAGACGAAAAGGAUGUGUGUGUUAAUAUUUACACAGAAGAUACUUGAGGGUCAGGUCCUCAGUCUAUACACUACCAUAAAUUUACUGGAAUGAGAGGUACGGGAGGAAGUAUAGAAUACAACCACCAGCACAGUUAGAUAACACUGUGUUAACAUCGGUUCUUCUCAAGUUGGAAAGAUAUCCAGUAAUAGUCUGGUAAAAACCUGAAGUUACAUAUUUUUUUUCGGUAGAUUCUCAAACCCUCUAACUGAUGU